AUGUUUCUACUUCUCAUGCUCUUGCCCAGGAUGUUUCGCGCUAGAGAUGUUCUUGCGGGGGCCCUUCUGUUCGCCUUCAGCCACCAUACCGAAGCCUUCAUGGGCUCGUCGCUCCCCUCCUUCAAGCUCAGAUCCUCCAACGUCAUGCGCUGCCAAGGGACUCCCCGACACGGCAUUCUGUCCCUCAGGGCCAUCGACACUCAGCAGGACAAGUCAGCUCGCACUGCAGUUGAGGAGUUCGUGUCCAACGGGAAGGCAAGGGAUUGA